UGAAUUUACAUGUGGUUAAAUUCCAAAAUAAGGGCAUUAUAUUUAAUGCGUAUUACAGGAUCAUGGCUUGGCUGAGUCCAUUUUAACGUGCAUUUUGAUCAUAUAUUUCAUACAUUAUAUUUGAAUAAUUUCAUGUGUUUUUUUAUUGGAAUAUACAUUUAUGGAUAAGCCAGUGGAUCCAUUAACUAUUUAAGGUAAUUUCUAUAGGCUAAAACUGCAUGCGGAGGCACAGCAGUUGGGGAUGCUCUCCCGAUAGCCAAAAACGUCACAUUUAGUCUUUAGGUAGGGCAGCGGCACGUCGUCGAUUAACUCAUUUGACAGACCUCGGGUUCAAAAUAUAAUUAGCGAGACACUGAACAAAGAUCAUCGGAUACAGCGACGGGUGCGCGGACGGAAUAACGAACGAAUGAAGCAGGAACAAUGGCCAACCUGACAGUCCCAAAACACAGCAGCUAACAGAGGGGGGAGAGAAAGGAAGAGGCUGUGGUAGAAAACAGCUGUCGGAUGAAAUAAAAAAAGACAACGUAUUGCUUUUAUAGUCGCUUAAACGGUGAAUUCAGUGGCAAAUAGUAACCAUAACACUGCGAUGUCUAGCAGCGGGUCGCGUAAAUGUGCGAGUAAAUAAAUAAAUAAGAGCGUGGCGAGCGUCAUCUGCAGUGUGUAGCAUCUACAUCUACUUGCACCACCUGAAGACAACGACCGACAGUGACUGCUAGGAAAUAAAGAAACGGCGGAAAACCUCGAGCUAUCAGCGGAGAAGAAGGGCGGCAGGCAAAAUCACGGAGACGGUCAACGUCCUUGUGAUACAGAAGUAAUUGAAGAGCGGGUUCUCGUGUUUGAGGGAGAGGAGGUUGAAGGGGGUAUCAGUGCUGCAGCGGCCGCCGUGAUGCUGUACACAUGUAGGCACGUUUGAAGCAGUUCAUCCCCGCCCUGUGUGGAUCCGCCGUAAAACCGAACCGAACCGACGGUACAUUAACGGAAUUUAUAGGGGGACGUUGGAAGGCGAAGAACUAUUGACUGGUAAUGUGACAAUAACCUUUAAUAAUAAGCGAUGUAUACAUGUGUGGAGGAGAUAUUUGACAGGAUUUUUUAAUCUCAAAUGUUCUUUUCAACAUGGAAUAAUCUGGUCCAUGAUAACAGCAUGUUCAUUCCAUCCGAGGUUUAAUACGGCACCGAUUUAUGCAUCCAGUCCAUAAAUAUUUAAAUAAAGAUCAAAUUUAGGCCGAUGACUUUCUGGUGACGACAGUACGGCAGAGAUGUCUUUAUUUUAGCAAUUUAUGUUCACCACAGUAUCUCUUCAUGAAGAUUUAGACAAUUACAUCCACCCCUUGUUAUUUCCGAUGCUAUUUUGGGGGGAUUCAAAGUAACACAAGCACUAGACAAAUUGAACACCAAACGUUUUCUUCCAUCUAGGUUAGAUAACUUCUGUCUCCAGUCCUUCCCUGCUCGUUCAUUUCAUUUCAUUUCACUUUUUUUUUCUUUUCUUCAAUUCAAGAAAAAUAUUUUAAGUCAGUAGCAAGGUAAUAAGACUGUAAGGGCCGAUCCACGCCACUGGCAUCCCUUUCUCGAACAAGCCUCUGCUGAGCACAACCUUUGCAGCGAUGGAGACCCCUACGAAGCUCCCUCCAUCGAGCCCAUCAUCGCCGACCACGGGCUUCUCUGUGCCGAGCGCGGAGAAGGUAGACGGCUUCCCCCGCCGCUCGAUGCGCCGUGCCCGGCAGCGACGGUCCCAUAGCUCCUCACAGUUCCGCUAUCAGAGCUCCCAGGUGGAGCUGACGCCGCUGCCCUUACUUAAAGAUGCUCCUGUGGCAGAACUUCAUGACUUGUUCUGUAAGAAGUUACAACAGUGUUGUGUGUUGUUUGACUUUCUGGACUGCGUUGCCGACCUGAAGGGGAAAGAGAUCAAACGUGCAGCAUUGAAUGAGCUCGUGGAGAGUGUGGCCACCAGCCGUGGGGUCCUCAUCGAACCCCUAUACCCAGAGGCCAUUAAGAUGAUCUCAGUGAACAUUUUUAGAACACUCCCACCCAGUGAGAACCCUGAGUUUGACCCAGAGGAGGAUGAACCAGCUCUGGAAGCCUCCUGGCCGCACUUACAGUUGGUGUAUGAGUUCUUUUUACGCUUUCUUGAGAGUCCAGAUUUUCAGCCUUCACUUGCCAAGCGCUAUGUGGACCAGAAAUUUGUUCUUCAGUUGCUAGAAUUAUUUGACAGCGAGGACCCCAGAGAGAGAGAGUAUCUGAAGACUAUACUGCACCGUGUCUAUGGCAAACUCCUGGGCUUGAGGGCCUACAUCCGCAAACAGAUCAACAACAUCUUCCUCAGGUUCAUUUAUGAAACUGAGCGUUUCAAUGGAGUUGCUGAACUUCUGGAGAUUUUGGGAAGUAUCAUUAAUGGCUUUGCUCUGCCCCUCAAAUCAGAGCAUAAGCAGUUCCUGGUGAGGGUCCUGAUCCCCCUGCACACUGCCAAAUCUCUCUCCAUUUUCCAUGCGCAGCUAGCUUACUGUGUGGUGCAAUUCAUGGAGAAGGAUGCCACGGUUACAGAACAUAUCAUCAGGGGGUUGCUGAGAUACUGGCCCAAAACAUGCACUCAGAAAGAGGUGAUGUUCCUGGGGGAGAUCGAGGAAAUUCUGGAUGUGAUUGAACCAUCUCAGUUUAUCCGUGUGCAGGAGCCUCUAUUCAAACAGAUUGCUGCCUGCAUUUCCAGCCCUCAUUUCCAGGUUGCAGAGCGGGCUCUGUAUUUCUGGAAUAAUGAGUACAUUCUGAGUCUAAUAGAGGAGAACUGCCAGGUCAUCCUGCCUCUGGUCUUUGGCACACUGUACAGAGUUUCCAAAGAGCAUUGGAACCAGACGAUCAUCUCUCUUAUCUACAAUGUGCUAAAGACAUUUAUGGAGAUGAACAGCAAGCUAUUUGAUGAUCUCACUGCCUCCUACAAAGUGGAGAAACAGAAGGAACUAAAAAAAGAGAAGGAGCGAGCCGAGCUGUGGAGGAACAUGGAAGAGCUGCAGGAGAGGCGGCUACAGAGUCUGACCGAAGCCAGCAGAAACCAGAAAAACCUACAGGAAAGAGAGAACACUACCAAGAGCCAGUCAGAGACCAGUGCUGCCAACACCACCUAGAGACCACACACAAACAUACACAAAGUCACAAACAAAUAUCACAACACUGUUAAAACAGUUUUAUCAAUAAUACCGACUCGGGAACCAGUCAAUGCCUCAAUUUCUUCUUCUGAAACACACACACACACAUACAAGGUGCAGACACAUCUAUCAUAAGCACCAGACAGAGCACAUGUACAACAGGCUGUCCAUAUGUAGAUAUGUUACAAACACUGAAGCACACAUCACACACUGAGUGAGAUAUAAAAGCUUAAAAAAAAAAUGGGUACCUCUCACAUGCAUCCAACACUUUCAUAUGCUUUUCAAUCACUUGCCUCUCUGCAUCUUUUCUUUCUAUUCCUACACACUGGGAUCAUGAACUUCAAACAUACCUGCAUGGGGUCCAAACAUGGAAGACACACAUGCGCACACUCAAAAUCAAACACAUACAGUAUGCAUCAUUCAUUAUUGUCAUUCAAGAACUGGCUCUGUUCCUCUCAGGCCCGAUCCGAGGCCCAUCGUGAACCGACCAACAAACUCUGCAUCCUGUCAAACAUGGAAGAGGAUUUAAGUUAAUAAUGAUGAUCCUAAAGAUGAAAAUUAUACAAUUCUAAUGUUCCUACUUCUACAGCUAUUCUAUAAAAGUACCACUUCUAUGCUACUAUAACUGAUGUUUUAUAUACAUA